AUCGCAUCCCUCUUUAUUCCUCCGUGAUCGCUGCCGUUUGACAGCUGGCUAGCGUCUACGACAUGGCUCCCGAUCAGACCGGGCCCUGGUCCCAGGACGAGGACCACCUAUUACGACAAAACACACCUAACACACUUCAUACGCAUAAUGAAGAAGACCCAUCCCACCCCUCUGUGGCCCUCAUUGGUCCCGAGGAGAGACAGAAUCUAGUUCGGAUUGCGACUCAUGAGUCCAUGAGACGGCGUUCCAGCGUCUAUACCCAGCAUACAGCCGUCUCUGGUCGUCCAGAUACUAUGGGCACGAUCCGAGAGGACGACCCCUGUCUUGACCCCCAGACGGACAAGUUCGAUCUCGGAAAGUGGCUCGCAUAUGGUCUCGGUGAGUUUCGUCGAGAGGGUGCUCUCGAUCUUCGACCAGGCAUCGUGUUCAAGAACCUUUCCAUCUCAGGGACUGGCGCGGCCGUUCAAUUCCAGGAUACUGUCGCAUCGACCUUCACUGCCCCUUUUCGCAUUGGCGAGGCACUUCGGAAUCGUCACUCCCCGCCCAAGCGGAUUUUGAAUGAGUUCAAUGGUGUGUUGAAGAGUGGAGAGCUUCUUCUGGUGCUUGGUCGCCCAGGUGCGGGCUGCAGUACUUUCCUGAAGUCACUUUGUGGUGAGCUUGAGGGGUUGACUGUCAAUGAUGACAGCGUGAUACAUUACAAUGGCAUCCCUCAACAUCAGAUGAUCAAGGAGUUCAAAGGUGAAGUGGUCUACAACCAAGAGGUGGACAAGCACUUCCCUCACCUCACCGUUGGCCAGACCCUCGAAUUCGCCGCCGCUAUGCGCACCCCACAGCGUCGUAUCAAAGGGUUAUCUCGAGACGAACACGCGAAGCAUAUCACUAAGGUAGUCAUGGCUGUCUUCGGGCUGAGCCACACGUACAACACCAAGGUUGGAAAUGAGUUUAUCAGGGGUGUCUCAGGAGGAGAGCGCAAGCGUGUUAGCAUUGCCGAGAUGACUUUGGCCGCAGCACCUUUGGCGGCAUGGGAUAACUCGACCCGUGGUCUCGACUCGGCCACGGCGCUGAAAUUCGUCGAGGCUCUGCGAUUGAUGGCUGAUCUGACAGGCUCCGCUCAUGCUGUUGCCAUCUACCAAGCGAGCCAGAGCAUCUAUGACAUCUUCGAUAAGGUGUCAGUGCUCUACGAGGGCCGCCAAAUCUAUUUUGGACCUACUUCGGAGGCGAAAGCCUUCUUUGAGCGACAGGGCUGGGAGUGUCCCCCGAGACAAACCACAGGCGAUUUUCUGACCUCUGUUACCAACCCCCAGGAACGCCGGCCACGUGCAGGCAUGGAGAGCCGUGUUCCUCGCACUCCUGACGACUUUGAAGCCUAUUGGCGUCAGUCACCCGAGUACCAGAAAACGCUUACCGAGGUUGCUUCGUAUGAAAAAGAGCAUCCUUUGCAUGGCAACAACGUUACCGAUACAGAGUUUCACGAGCGCAAGCGGGCUGUGCAGGCUAAACACACGCGACCCAAGUCGCCAUUUCUGUUGAGCGUACCCAUGCAGAUUAAGUUGAACACGAAACGUGCUUAUCAACGACUGUGGAUGGAUAUCCAGACCACUGUAUCAACGGUCUGUGGACAGAUCAUCAUGGCCCUGAUCAUCGGCUCGGUUUACUACAACGCACCCAAUGACACUGCUUCUUUCACUUCUAAAGGGGCGGCGCUCUUCUUCGCCGUCCUUCUAAAUGCACUGGCAGCUAUGUCUGAGAUUAACACACUCUACGCCCAGCGACCGAUUGUGGAAAAGCAAGCUUCCUAUGCUUUCUACCAUCCAGCAACAGAGGCUAUUGCGGGUGUUGUGAGCGACAUACCGGUAAAGUUCGCUCUCGCAGUCGCGUUCAACGUUAUCCUUUACUUUAUGGUCAAUCUCCGACGCGAACCGGCCCAGUUCUUUAUCUACUUCCUGAUCUCCUUCAUUGUUAUGUUUGUCAUGAGCGCGGUCUUCCGAACUAUGGCGGCGGUCACGAAAACCAUCUCCCAGGCCAUGUCGCUGGCAGGAGUUUUGAUCCUGGCUUUGGUCGUCUAUACUGGAUUUGUGCUGCCCGUUCCUUCAAUGCAUCCCUGGUUCGAAUGGAUUCAUUACAUCAAUCCGAUCUACUACGCGUUUGAAAUACUUGUCGCCAACGAGUUCCACGGUCGCGAAUUUCCCUGCUCUUCAUUCAUUCCGUCAUAUGCUGACAUGAAUGGCUCUUCCUUCGUUUGUUCCACGUCCGGAUCAACUGCCGGCGAGAAGCUCGUCAGUGGAGAUCGUUACAUCGCCGUCAAUUUCAGGUACUACUACAGCCACGUGUGGCGCAACUUUGGGAUACUGAUUGCUUUUUUGAUCGCAUUCAUGGCGAUCUACUUUGCGGCUACGGAGCUGAACUCAUCCACCACCAGCACAGCCGAGGUAUUGGUCUUUCACCGCAGCCAGAAGCGCGCCUUGUCGCGUGCUACAGGCCCAAAGUCUGCUGAUGUUGAGAAUGGAGUUGAGCUGAGUACCAUCAAGCCGACUGGCACGGGAAAAUCAGAGAACCUCGGAGGACUCGCUCCGCAACAGGAUAUUUUUACCUGGCGCGAUGUGUGUUAUGAUGUCGACAUUAAGGGAGAGACCAGACGGCUUUUGGACCAUGUGUCGGGCUGGGUCAAGCCUGGAACCCUCACUGCACUCAUGGGCGUCAGUGGAGCAGGAAAGACAACCCUUCUUGAUGUUCUCGCCCAUCGGACUACCAUGGGAGUGAUAACUGGAGAUAUGUUUGUUAACGGUAAAGGACUGGAUGCUAGCUUUCAGCGCAAAACCGGGUAUGUUCAGCAACAAGAUCUCCAUCUUCAGACAGCCACUGUUCGGGAAUCACUGCAGUUCAGUGCUCUGCUGCGCCAGCCGCCGAAUGUCUCGCUCAAGGAAAAGUAUGACUAUGUUGAAGAAGUCAUAUCUAUGUUGAAGAUGGAGGAAUUUGCUGAAGCAGUCGUCGGUGUUCCGGGAGAGGGCUUGAACGUUGAACAACGCAAGCUGCUAACCAUCGGUGUGGAGUUGGCUGCACGACCAAAGCUUCUUCUCUUUUUGGACGAGCCCACAAGUGGUCUUGAUUCUCAGAGUUCGUGGGCUAUCUGCGCAUUUCUGCGCCGCUUAGCCGAUCAUGGACAGGCGGUUCUCUGUACCAUUCACCAGCCUAGCGCCGUUUUGUUCCAACAAUUCGAUCGGCUGUUAUUCCUUGCCCGCGGCGGUAAGACUGUCUACUUCGGACCAGUGGGAGAGAACUCGCGCACACUUCUCGAUUACUUUGAGAAUCAUGGCGCUCCACGCCCUUGCGGAGAGGACGAGAAUCCGGCCGAGUACAUGCUCGAGAUGGUCAACAACGGCUCCAAUGCUAAAGGAGAGAACUGGUUCGAUGUAUGGAAACAAAGCAGCGAGAGUCAAGAUGUCCAAGCGGAGAUCGAUCGCAUCCAUGCCGAGAAGGAGAACGCACCUGUCGAAGAGGACUCCAAAUGGAGCCAUACUGAGUUUGCCAUGCCAUUCUGGUUCCAGUUGUACCAAGUCACCUACCGAGUAUUCCAGCAAUACUGGCGCAUGCCCUCGUACGUGCUGGCGAAAUGGGGCCUGGGCGUGUUUGGCGGCCUUUUCAUCGGGUUCUCUUUCUACCACGCCAAAUCCUCUCUCCAAGGAUUACAGACGGUUAUCUAUUCGAUUUUCAUGCUGUGCUCUAUCUUCCCCUCCCUUGUACAGCAGAUCAUGCCUCUCUUCAUCACCCAACGGGACCUCUACGAAGUCCGUGAGCGUCCCAGCAAAGCAUACAGUUGGAAAGCAUUCCUAAUGGCCAAUAUCAUCGUCGAAAUACCGUACCAAAUCGUUCUCGGCAUCAUCGUCUUCGCCUGCUACUACUUCCCGGUAGUAGGCAUCCAAAGCUCCGCCCGACAAGCCACCGUGCUCAUCCUCUGCAUUGAAUUAUUCAUCUACACCAGUACCUUUGCGCACAUGAUAAUCGCUGCAAUGCCCGAUACCGUCACAGCCAGUGCCGUCGUGACUCUCCUCUUCGCCAUGUCCUUGACCUUUUGCGGUAUCAUGCAGUCGCCUUCCGCUCUCCCGGGCUUUUGGAUCUUCAUGUACCGCGCAUCCCCGUUCACAUACUGGGCGUCGGCCAUGGUGUCUACACAAGUCUCAGGAAGGGAGGUGGUGUGUUCAUCGUCGGAGCUGUCGGUUCUUGACCCCCCGACGGGUCAAUCCUGCGGCGAGUAUCUGGGACAGUAUGCGGAGCUUGCUGGGGGGAAUCUGCUGAACCCGAACGCUACGACAGGGUGUGAGUACUGCUCUGUGAGCACAGCGGAUGCGUAUAUUAGUAUGUCGGGCAUUGUGGCGAGUGAUAAGUGGAGGAACUUUGGGAUCUUUUGGGUGUAUGUUGUUGUGCAGAUUGCAGCGGCGGCGGCGUUUUAUUAUUUGUUCCGGGUGAAGAAGUGGCGGAAGCAGUGAUGCUUGCCAUAGAUUUUUCCUUGCUUCUUGAUUUGAUUUCUUCCUUUUUUUAACAUUGUCUAUAUUUCGAUUACCUGGGUGUCUAUAUAGGUG